AUGAAUAGACUUUUUGGGUCUAAAAGCACUGCGCCGAAACCAUCGUUGAACGAUGCUGUAAAAAAUAUAGAUGACAGAGUUGGGAGUUUCGAUGUAAAAUUAUCCAAGAUAAACGCAGAAUUGUCUACUUAUCAACAAAAGAUAGCCAGGAUGAGAGAUGGGCCAGGUAAAUCUGCAUUGAAACAAAAAGCACUUAAAUUAUUGAGACAAAGAAAACAGGUGGAGGCUCAAAAAGAUCAAUUAGAAAACCAAUCGUGGAAUAUGACUCAAGCAGCAAUGACUACAGACAACUUGCAGAAUACAAUGAUAACAGUUGAUGCCAUGAAGGCGGCUAAUAAACAACUCAAGAAAACAUAUGGCAAAAUAGAUGUUGAUAAGAUUGAAGCAUUGCAGGAUGAAAUGCUUGACUUGAUUGACAAAUCAAACGAAUUACAAGAAUCAUUACUGACAAGCUAUGACGUUCCGGAUGAAAUAAGUGAAUCUGAAUUAGACGCUGAAUUAGAUGCGUUGGGCGAGGAAAUGGACUUUGAAAAUGAAAUGGCUGAAAGCGGCGUUGGCGUACCUAGUUAUUUGAACGACGGUGAACAAACAGGUAGUGAAAGCUUACCGACAUUUAUUGAUGAACCUACUGACGAAAACCCUACAAAAGUUGCCAUCUAG